AAAAGAAUAGAAAAUCACGGUCACUGACUCACUCCUCCAAGAACAAACAAACACUUCAGUCUCGCCUCAGAGAAUCUCUGCACAGUGGAACUGCAGUCCAAUCCCACCCCCUCCUUUUCCGUUGUGAAAAUCCAACACCAACACCACUCUCUCUCUCCUCUUUCUCUCGCUCUUUCUGCCAAACCCAAGAAGCCAUGGAGAUCCCGGAAAAGCUUCUUGAGUACAGGUUCCACAUCAUCUUCGCUCUCGCUCUCCCUCUCACCAUCGUCUCCAUCGUCCACGUAGCACCCAGUUUCGUCCCCGUCUUGGCUUACUUCUGGCCCCUAUUUCUCUCCACCGCACUCUUCCUCUUCGCCGUGAUCUUCUUCGGCCGGACUUCCGUAAAGGGCAUCGACGUCCACGGCGACGACAAAGCCGUAGAGGGACUCAUCGAUUACGUCGCUGGGCAACCGGAACAUUCGGUAGAGAGCUUCAAGUCCGAGUAGCAGCACGAAACAACAAAACCCAUGUGUAAUUUCGAAACUCCUCCCAACCCCCACUCCCUGUUUUUUGGUUUUUGUCUCUGGUGAUCUGUAAAUUCUUUCCGGUGAAGAAUAAUUUUGUUCAUGACAUUCAGAUUCAUCUUUGCAUUAUUAUCUAAAAAAAACUGGGUGUAUAAUUAUUAUGUUCGUAGGAGUGCGGUGAAUCCGGAUAGACACUUGAGACACAAAGCUAGGCUCUUUAAGACACGCAUAUUUUGAAUGGGAUUGGAUUGGGUGAGGAAACAAACGAAAUGUGUAGGAUGUGAUUGAGAAAGGGCCGAUGGGCUCACCGAAAGGGAAGGACGUCUUUCUAAUUCUAUGACUAGGAAACCCGUGUUAUUACACGUCACUCCAUUUUUGUUUCA